AUGCCACCAAAAGGUUGGAGAAAGGAUGCUCAAGGGAAUUAUCCUACCACAUCAUAUGUCAAAGAACAAGAAAAUAUCACUAUUCAAGAUUUGCUAUUUCCUAGAAGUUCAGUAGUCAAUAUUGCUAAGUCUACUUUUAGCUCAACUGCUGAGCAAAUAUCAGAAGAUUUGAAUGAUAAUGAAAUAGGUGAUGAUGCAGACAUCAAUAAUGAUAAUAUUGUUGAAGAAAAUUCCAAUAAAAUUUUAGUUAGCAAAGAUGCAGGUUUAGCAUUACAGAGAAGUUCUACUGUAUUUGUAAAUCAUUUAUUAUUAUUUGCAAGAGAAAUAGCAAAAGAUCAAUACAGAAAAACAUGUAACCCAGAUGAUAUUUUAAAUGCCUUAGAUGCCAUUGGCCAUCCUGGUCUAAAGGGUAUCGUUAGUGAAAGGUUGCAAGAAUAUCAGAAUGCUCUCUUAUUAAAGAAAGAAUAUAAGCGAUUACAUGGCACAAGCUCUAGUGAUAAAAGAAAGGAUAAAGAUAGUGGAUCAAGUGAUGAUGAAGAAAAUGAUGAUUAUGAUAUAAAUGAGGAAGGCGCUGAUCAGUCUUCCAAAAAGCAACGUACUGAUAAUUCUAUUCCUAAUUUUCAAUCAAAUAGAAGUACGCCAAUGAGCACAGAGCCAACCCAAGUACAAAUAUUCCCAGAAGUUCAAACAAGUCAAUCCACAAACGUUCUUGGAGUUAGUCCCAACCAACAACUCAUUUCAAAUAGUAUACCACCAACUGAACCUACUACUGCACAAAAUUUACCAAUUAGUAGUUCUGCUAACUCUGAUAGUACGGUACUACAAUCUCCAAAUGUCACCAAUCAGACUGAAGUUUCUUCAGUUAACCCAACUACUACUGAAUCAAUUGUUAAUCCAACUACGGUAAAUGCUGAUAAAGAUGGUGAUGUUCUAAUGUCAGAAGAUCCUGUUAAAGAAGGUGAGACAACAACAAUUACAGAAUCAGUUUCUGAAGAAACUGUCACAACAACGCCUGCUACUACAGCAGAUGACGUAAAAGAGAGUACUUAA